AUGGGUAAAAAGGUCCCAAGUAGGGCCGUUUCUUCUUCUAUUUCUUGUAGAGUGUGCGGGGAUCGUUCCUAUGGGAAGCAUUAUGGUGUCUAUUGCUGCGAUGGUUGUUCUUGCUUUUUCAAAAGAAGUUAUGUCGUUUUAAAAACAGCCGGAAGUCGACAAUGCGUUAUAGAUAAAGUACGACGUAAUUGGUGCCCUUUUUGUAGGCUUCAACGUUGUUUGGCAGUCAAUAUGAACGUAUCAGCCGUACAAGAAGAAAGAGGACCGAGAAAACCGAAAAAUAAUAAAAUAAACUUACGUAAUUUUCAAUAUCAUACAGAAAUUUACGAAAUAUCCGCUAAUAUUCUUCUUACAGCAGUUAAAGAUGCGAGAUGUAAUCCAGGAUUUAGAAUUUUAUCAAAAAAUUCGCAAAAUAUGAUAUUAGGUCACCUUUGGGCGCCUUUGUUUAUUUUAAAAGCUUCUUAUUGGCACACAGAUGUCGCUGGUAUAUUAAACUUUCUUAAAGAAACUUGUGAUUAUAUAAAAUCGUUAAAUUUCAACGAAAAAACUCUUCUUCUUUUCGAAACUAUUCUAUUAUGUCAAAAAGACUUUUUAAUAAAGCCGGAAGAUGUUAUAUUAACCGAUUAUAUCGUUUCGAAGACUAUAGAAGAUUUUAAAAAAGAAGAUAACGUUAAUUUUACGCGAUUAUUAUCGUCAAUAAAGAAAUUAUUUAUACCUAAUGCUUCUAUAUUGCACAUCUUAUUAUUUGAACCAAUAAUUGGAUCAGUACCAAUGGAAACAGUUAUAGCAACGAUCGAUAUAUAA